AUGUGGACAGCAAACCGCGCUCCUGCUCGCCCUCAACGCACCGGUUCCGUACACAGCAUUGCAUCGGUGCACUCCGCCCACAGCAGACCGUCGUCUGUAGUUAGCCCUCAUUACCAGCUUAGCCGCCAACAAUCCCGCAGCGGAUACGAGAGCGACCAGUCGAGCGACACUCUCAACGAGGAGGAUUUCAACGCACCCAUGCCGGCUAUGUGGCAGACUAAGAGACAGGAAUCAGGAUCAGCAGUGAGCAGACUGAGCCAGAAGUUCGCAACCGCUAUCGGGACCUCGCCAGUGGUCACACCACUGAAACCAUCACCAACACUACACAAGUCUGACAUCAUGAGGAUGGAGUUCGACGAUGACGCUCGCUCGAGGGCAAGCACUACAAGCACCCUGAACGGUGACGAGCAUGACUUUGAGUUUCCGGAGAAGACGCCCACAAACAAAAUGUUUGGUGCGGGAGAUCGAUCAAUACCAUACUACACUGGUGUCGAGCCCAAACCUUACACACGAAAGUUGAAGAUCAUCGAGGAGUCUUCCAGCGCAACAGAUAAAAACAUUCCGUACUACACGGGCAUCGAACCGGCGCCGCUCUCACCGUUGAAGAACAUCAUCGAGAGACCUUCGGCUGCACCAGCUUCAAGACGUGCAAUGGGUCCUCUCGAAUCGCAGCUCGCGGCGCUCAUGGACAAGGUCUCCCAGAUCGAGUCGAACAAUCCCAUUGCGUCCGUCACCCCUGCAGACUACGCCACCAUGAAGGCCCGUCUGGAGACCCUCGAAGCAGAAAAGAAGACCUGGCAAAAGCGCCACGAAGCCAUCUGGGCCCUCCGCGACGAAGACGUGGAAAACAACAUCAAGAUCCGCGGCGUCCUCGCCAAAACCCGCCGCUCGCUCGAAGCCAUGACCGCCCUCCGCGACGAAGACCUCGCCAACGUGCAAGCCGUCCGUCUCAAGCUCGCAGAAGCAACCAAGCAAGUAGACCGCCUGCGCUCCCAAGGCCCCCCCGCAAGCGGUCGCGCGAGCCCCAAUCGCGGAGGCAGACCCCCCAGCAUGUUCCUCGAGCGCAGAGAUACUACCGACCUUUUUGCCGCUGCUAAAGCCGCGGCCCUCGAACAGCGCGCGCUGGAGAUGGAGAAGCGAAACUCUGAUCUCCGCGCGCAAAUCGAGACGCUCAAAGGGGGCGCGAACAUCGACGAUCUAAACCGCAUGACCGCACAUGAAGCGUGGAAGGACGAAAUCUCUUCCAUGGCGUCUAAGCUCAAAGUCAAAGACGCGGAGAUCGCAGAGCUGCGUGCGGCGAAGGCAGCGUCAGCGCCGUCGGCCCCUUCUGGCGCACCUUCAACGACCGCGGGGCACGUAGCGUGGCACCGCGUCGAGGCGAUCCACGAAGAACACGCGAGCUACCGCGAGCGUAUGGGCGGGAAGCUGGCGGUGCUGCGGUCCGAGAAGGAGGGCCUGCAGAAGGAGUUACACCGCAGGGAGGACGAGUGUCACGCGUUGGAAGUAAAGGUGCAGAGUCUGCAGCGGAGAGCAAACAUCUAG